UUGUGUAGCUAAGAUCUUUAUUAAUAACGAACACCGAUCGCAUUGCAAAGUUUUUAAAUGUUACAAAUUUACAUUUUAAAUAUGAGUUUAUUUUACGCGUUUUUCGCCACAAUUGCCCUGUUUGAAUACACUGAAUUUCAUGGAAGAGUUUUUGCUCAAAUUGUUGAGGGCAACCUGGUCGAUAAAAUUGAAGAUUAUAAUUUUGUUGUCGGAUUAGAAAUGCCUGUAAAUGAUACUCAUUCUAAAAAAUGUGUCGCAAUAAUCGUUUCCCCUUGGAAAAUUUUGACCGCAGCGCACUGCGUAAAGACCUCAGUCGAAAACGCUACUGAAGUUUUAUUGAGAUUCGGCACGUUAAACUUGGAAGAGCCGUUAUCUAAAGUAGUUAUAACUAAAGAUGAUAUAUUCGUGCAUCCACGAUAUGGCGGUUUCACCCCGUUAGUUGCCUUUGCUAACGAUAUAGGUAGGUGAAGUUUAUACGGUUGUCUCUUAC